AUAAAUUUCUGAAUUCUAAGCUACCACAUAGGCGGGUGUAAGACUAAGGUUAAAGAAUAAUUUUAGACCUGCUCCGACUAUUUUUGUCGAGCAGGAGCUGGGAAAGUGAGCGGAACAGAAGACCCUUACUCAUCCGCAUAGCUAAUUUCGUUCGUUCGUGGUUCUUCUUUUCUUCUCCUCUCUUUGAGUGAAAUUAGUGGUUUGCUGCUAUGCGACCAGAUUUUCUAGGGAUUCCUUUUCUUCGCCUAACAUUUUGCCCCAACCCUAAAAUUUUCACCGUCAAGAUAGUAGCCUGAACUGCGGUAUCCAUUUUUCUUUCCUCUGUGUUAAUUACUAACACAUACUCCAUGUCUUAGGCCAUAAGAACACAGUACCCCUGCCAUUCUAUGCAUAUAUAUAAGGUGUAACUGGAAAGCGAACUUCUCGUCUCCCUAAGGAACAUGGAUAAUGAGGUAAUCGAGUUUGAUAUAGGCUUAGGAGGUGGAGGUGGGAGCGAGGACGGGGAUGGAGAUGAUGUUCUUGACGAGGGGAAUGUCGCCAACUGUUCUCUUGUUAUUGAUGGAAAUGUUGCAACAGUUCGAAGUUACUCUCCUCAAGGGGACCUCGACCUUGAACCAUAUGAGGGCAUGGAAUUUGAAUCUGAGGAGGCUGCCAAGGCGUUUUAUAACUCCUACGCACGCCGUGUUGGCUUCAGCACCCGCGUCAGCUCCUCCCGUCGGUCCAGGAAGGAUGGAGCCAUCAUUCAGAGGUCGUUUGUCUGUGCCAAAGAAGGAUUCCGCAAUUUGAAUGAGAAACGUACCAAGGAUAGAGAAAUUAAGCGACCGCGUACUGUCACCCGGGUUGGCUGCAAGGCCGCUCUCUCUGUCAAGAUACAGGACUCUGGUAUGUGGGUGGUCUCUAACUUUGUCAAGGAGCACAAUCACGAGCUGGUUCCCCCUGAUCAGGUCCACUGUCUCCGCUCCCAUCGUCAAAUUUCUGGUCCUGCCAAAACCCUAAUAGAUACCUUGCAGGCUGCUGGUAUGGGUCCCCGCAGGAUUAUGUCUGCCCUCAUUAAAGAGUAUGGUGGUAUCAGCAAAGUUGGUUUCACAGAGGUAGAUUGUCGUAAUUACAUGCGGAACAACCGCCAAAGGAGCAUGGAAGGAGACAUACAGCUCCUCUUAGACUACCUGAAACAAAUGAAUAUCCAGAACGCUGGAUUCUUCUAUGCAGUUCAGGGUGAUGAGGAUCAGUGCACUGGGAAUGUCUUCUGGGCUGACUCUAAGGCAAGAGCAAAUUAUAACUAUUUUGGUGAUACUGUUACAUUUGAUACAACUUAUAGGUCAAAUAGGUACCGGUUACCCUUUGCACCCUUUACUGGAGUAAAUCAUCAUGGACAACCUGUUCUCUUUGGAUGUGCUUUCCUAAUAAAUGAAUCAGAAGCCUCAUUCAUAUGGCUUUUUAAGACAUGGCUUGCAGCUAUGUCUGGUCAACCCCCCUUGUCAAUGACAACAGACCAUGAUGCUGUAAUUAGAUCUGCCAUCAUGCAGGUUUUCCCUGAGACCCGUCACCGUUUCUGCAAAUGGCACAUCUUCAAGAAAUGCCAGGAGAAGUUGUCACAUGUCUUCCUUGAGCACCCAAAUUUUGAAGCAGACUUCCACAAAUGUGUCAAUUUGACAGAGACUACUGAGGAAUUUGAAUCCUGUUGGCUUUCUCUUGUUGACAAGUAUGAGCUCAGGGAUCAUGAUUGGCUUCAAGUGAUAUACUUAGAUCGCACACAAUGGGUGCAAGUAUAUCUCCGUGAUGCUUUUUUUGCAGAAAUGUCCAUAACUCAGCGUAGUGAUAGCAUGAACUCGUAUUUUGAUGGUUAUGUGAAUGCGUCAACUAAUCUAAAUCAGUUCUUCAAAUUGUAUGAGAAAGCUGUGGAGAGCCGUACUGAAAAAGAAGUCAAAGCUGAUUAUGAUACAAUGAGUACAUUUCCAGUUUUGAAGACCCCUUCUCCAAUGGAGAAGCAAGCAUCCGAGGUUUACACGAAAAAGUUAUUUAUGAGAUUUCAGGAGGAGUUGGUUGCCACUCUAACUUUCAUGGCGAACAAAGUUGAGGAUGAUGGACUAGUUACCACUUAUCAAGUUGCUAAAUUUGGGGAUGACCACAGUGCUUACUAUGUAAGAUUUAAUGUUUUAGAAAUGAAAGCUACUUGUAGCUGCCAGAUGUUUGAGUUCUCAGGACUUCUUUGUCGACACGUUUUAGCAGUGUUCAGAGUGACAAAUGUUCUGACUCUUCCUUCUCAUUACAUCCUCAAACGAUGGAGCCGAAGUGCAAAGAGCAGUGUUGCAUUGGAAGACCGCGUUGCUGAUGUAAUCAAUUAUUAUUUGGAAUCACAUACUGUUCGAUAUAAUAUGCUGAGACAUGAAGCAUUUAAGUUUGUGGAGGAAGGGGCAGAGACUGUUGAUUCUUAUACUGUGGCAAUGGCUGCUCUGGAGGAGGCUUCAAAGAAGAUUUUCCUAGCAGUAAAGCAUGAUGGGAGGAUAUCUAUAGUAAAUGGACAUUGUCGAGAAAACUUGACUAGAAAUGGGGUCCAUGCAAAUUACAACAGUGAGGAUGAACAAAGAAGUCUCGCAUGUCCACUUUCUGAGAUUAACAACACAUCCUUAUUGCUAUUUUAUUUACAAGAUUUCUUUACCUUCACAAAAGAAAAGGAAAAAGAAACUGAAAGAUAAAGUAAUCUGUAACUUCCUCAAAGAAUCUAGAGAUGACGUAAAUCACCUCCUAUUACAUUGUUGGUUAGCAUCCACUUUGUGGGGGUGGGGGGAUUCUGAGAUGGCUUGUAUAUGAGUGGGUGAUGCGGCACAAUUUGAAGACUUAAUGGCAAGUCUCGACAUUAAAGACUUAUCAGUUUUCAGCAAAGCUUUGCUGGGCAAAUGGCUUUAGCAAUUCGGGAUGUAGGUUCAAGCUUUUUGGAGAGAGGUGAUAGUUGAUAAAUAGAAGUGGGAUGGAGAGCUAGAGUUGUCCAUAUGCCUAUUGGAUGUGGCUUGUGGAGGAAUAUAUUGAAGGCAUGAGAUGACUUAGUGCUAAUAUAUCAUUCAAGGCAGGAAAUGAAAGGAUGGUUAGUUUCUGGGGAUAAAGGUGGUGGUGGGGAGAUAUUACUGAAAGAUAAUUUUUAGAAUGAAACUUGACGGUACAUCUAAUAGGGGGACACAAGGAGGACAAAACUUUUGGGAUUUUAGAUUUAAAAGGGAUUUCCAUGAUUGGGAGUUAAAUGAGUUCCAAAUUUUGAGUGCCCUACUUCAGGCUAGUUACUCCGGUCAAUAAUCGUGAUGCUUUGUGGUGGGAUUUUGGGAAUAAUAGAGUUUUCUUUUAUGAGAAACUGUUGAUUAGGGAGGAGGUGAUUCUUGUACAAUGCAGUAUGGACUCCAUAGGUGCCGAUGAGGUUUGCCUUUUCUCUUGGCUAGUUACUAGGGGGUGAUCUUGACAACGGAAAAAUUUGAGAAAGCGGAAGAUUGUUUGCAUCACUUGGUGUUUCAUGUGCACGAAAGAGGGCGAGGAUGUCAAUUAUCUUAUUCUACAUUGUGAUUUUACCAUGAUGUUAUGGUGGGAUAUGUUUAAGAGGUUUAAUUAACUCUUGGUUAAUGCCAAAAAUGGUGAAAAAAUUGAUGUUUUGUUGGAGGGGCAGGAGAAGACUUAGGGCACGUAACAUGAUUCCUCUUGCUUUGAUGUGAGAUGUAUGGAUAGAGAAUCAGAAGAACUUCUAAGGGGGUAGAAUCGAGUUAUACUAAGCUUAGGAGUACUCUCCGGUCGCUUAAUUUUCUUUGGUGCACCCAUAGAAACUGGGUGGAAAUAGAAUUCAAAGUUGUUGGAUAGAAACAUGGUUUUACAUAUUCUAUUUGGUGCAUUGAGGGAUCUGUUUUCAUACCUCAGUAUCAACAUCUAUUGGUUAUUAUAAUUUGGUCGAACAAUGCUGAAACAAUUGUUUGCACUCUCCCCAGUUGUAGGCAUUGAAUUUGCUCUAAUGGGGAAUCAUGACUAUCUGCACUUCUAUGUUGUAAGCGGGAGUUCCGACUGCCUAACUUGUGAUUCCCUCCCUAUUCUCCUUGGUAUAAUUUAAAUUUUGAACUUUCGAGCUGCGAAGAAACUUUUGCAUGUCUGUUACAGAA